UCUCACCGGGAUGUACUUAUGACGUGUACGAUCGAGACAAAUAACACUUUAUUUAUGCAUAAAAGAUGGGAAGAGAAAGUGAGGUGUGUGCGUCCCCUUUUCCGUUAUUUAAAAAUAAGCAACGCGUCUGCAACUGUCGAUGUGUAUAGGCAGCAGUGGUUUCAGUAUUUCCGGGAAUUCCGGUUCGUUUGCCCCCUUACGAUAUCAUUCGUAUACGAAAACUUAACUGAAAAGUAAAUAAAUAUCAAACGGACAUUAUGGUUUAUUAUUACAAUAUAAUAUUUAUUGAGACUUGGAGGUUAGGAAUGCAAACAUAAAUGAUAUCUGCGAAAUGUGUUGUUCAAGUUAUCAGGCACUCAGAGCGACAUCUUUUGGCGCAGACCGAAAGGAUGUAAUCUGAUAGAAUUGAGUGGCGCUUGGUAGCUAUAUAAUGCGUGUGCAGAAACUGUUCUGAGUUGAUAUUGUACUUAGCAUCAUGGUGUACCGGGGAAUUUUGCUCUGCCUUCUCGCAGUCUGGGCGUGCGGCGCUCUAGGUGGAAGGGUCUUUCGCUCAGAGGAUAUGAGAGUUGACAACUCUGGUAGCAACGAUAUUCCGCGGCGUUGUUUAGAGAUGACUACGAGUGAGUUGCCAUGCGCCGGUGUCGGCGAGGACCGCCUUCUGCCGCACCCUGACGACUGCGAACUGUUCUACUACUGCGUGGGUGACGUCGCCAUCUGCCGGCAGUGCCCCUCCGGCCUGCACUUCAGCCCCACUCAUCACGUGUGCGAGCGGGCCGCGCGCUCCGGCUGCGUCAGCGCCCGCGCCUCACAUCCCGACCAGGAGUAAACCGCCAACAUAUUAUAUCACAAUGUUAAUUAUAUUACAAUCAAAUAGCGAUAAUAAAAAAAAGUUGAUUUUAGCUA